AUGUUUGUUCUCGUUCAAGCCUUGGUCACCAAAGGCUGGGUUCCAGUAUUCGCAUACGGCUGGUACCAUUGGGUGAGCAAGACGAGCACGAUGGGAGCCAUUGGCGGCAUGGGUUUACUUUCAGUCAUCUUAUGCAAUUUUGCAGGCACAAACAUCGGUGCUACCAUCCUUCUGUCCCGCGUAAUUCAGGCAUGGCAAGAGAUCCACCGCGCGGAAGGCGUUGCCCUCAGCAAUCGAACAUUCUGGGCAACAGUGUACAGCAUGGCUAUCGGCGUUAACUACGUCGGUUGUGGCGUCCUCGCUGGUGAGGUCUAUAUCAUGAGGGAUGAAUCUCCUUACGAUUCAUCAUGA